UCUCAGCAGCCCCGGAGCUGGAGAGUGGGGGAGAGAAAGCGCAGCAGCGGAAAGCUCUGAUUCUCCGGAGCCUCCCACCCCUCCUCUGGGCGAGGAGGGCGCGGAGGCUCCUCUGGGGGAGGAGGAGGAGGCCGGGAGGCGGGGAGGGGGGAGACAAACCGACAAACCCUGCCCACUCGGCUCCAAGCCCGGAACGGCCGCGGAAGUCGGAGGCCGGCGCGCAGGGCGAGGAGGGCACCGGGGGCGGGGGGCUCCGCUCCCCGCCUGACCCCUCUCGCCCCAGACAGGAAAGUGAAGGCUCCUCGGACUUUAGAGCCAGCGGACGGACAGACCGCGACCGCCAGCCGCUCCGGGUCAAGGACUUGCCCCGGCCGCCCCCCUCCCCGCCCCCCAGGCGCUCCGAACUCACUGGUGAGCGCGGCGGCCAGGGCGCUGGAUGCCGGGGCAGCUGCGAUGGCCCCGCGCUCGGGACAGCCGGAGCAAAGGGGGCCGCUCCUGCCGGGGCUGCUGCUGGUGGCGGCGGCGCUGAGCCGGCCCGCCGCGCCCUGUCCCUUCCAGUGCUACUGCUUCGGCGGCCCCAAGCUGCUGUUGCGCUGCGCGUCGGGCGCCGAGCUCCGGCAGCCCCCGCGGGACGUGCCGCCCGACGCGCGCAACCUCACCAUCGUGGGCGCCAACCUGACCGUGCUUCGCGCGGCCGCCUUCGCCGGCGGGGACGCUGACGGGGAGGAGGAGGAGGCGGCAGCGGGCGGCGUGCGCCUGCCGCUCCUCAGCGCGCUGCGCCUCACGCACAACAACAUCGAGGUGGUGGAGGACGGCGCCUUCGACGGGCUGCCCAGCCUGACGGCGCUCGACCUGAGCAACAACCCUCUGCGCGCGCUGGGCGGCGGCGCCUUCCGCGGACUGCCCGCGCUGCGUUCCCUGCAGCUCAACCACGCGCUGGCGCGGGGCGGCCCCACGCUGCUGGCCGCGCUGGACACCGCGCUCGCCCCGCUGGACGAGCUGCGCCUGGUGGGCCUGGCGGGCAACGCGCUGAGCCGCCUGCCGCCCGCAGCUCUGAGCCGGCCGCGCCUGGAGCAGCUGGACGCGCGCCUCAACGCGUUGACCGGCCUGGGCCCCGACGAGCUGCGCGCGCUCGAGCGCGAUGGCGGCCUCCCCGCGCCGCGCCUGCUGCUCGCCGACAACCCCCUGAGCUGCGGCUGUGCCGCGCGCCCCCUGCUGGCCUGGCUGCGCAACUCCACUGAGCGCGUACCCGACGCGCGGCGCCUGCGCUGCGCCGCCCCGCGGGCGCUGCAGGACCGGCCUUUCCUGGACCUGGACGAGGCUCGGCUGCGCUGUGCCGACGGCGAUGCAUACGGUCGCGGGGAAGAAGUGGAACUCGCCGGCCCGGAGCUGGAAGCCUCCUACGUCUUCUUCGGGCUGGUGCUGGCGCUCAUCGGCCUCAUCUUCCUCAUGGUGCUCUACCUAAACCGCCGCGGCAUCCAGCGCUGGAUGCGCAACUUGCGCGAGGCCUGCCGGGACCAGAUGGAGGGCUACCACUACCGCUAUGAGCAGGACGCCGACCCUCGCCGCGCGCCCGCUCCGGCUGCCCCCGCCGGCUCCCGUGCCACUUCCCCGGGCUCGGGCCUCUGAGUGGGCCCCCCCCCCCAACCUUGGGGGUUGAUGGCUGUUCCUGCCAGCUUAUGACUUUACUGGGGCUGUCUGGCUUGAAGCCAUGGGUAUGAGAUACCCGCGAGUUGGGGGCUUCGAGACUUGCCCCUUCCCGGCCUGAGACCUUUGGAUUAUGACAUCCCCCCGACCCAGAGACCCCAAGCUGUACCCCCUCUCCCCAGCCUCUGAGAGCUCUCACCAUCAAAGAUCGAGAGACACCCCCUUCUGAUUUCAGAAACCCUACUUGCCCACCCCAAGCUCUGACACAUCCCUCCUAAACCACCAAAAAGCACCUUCCCUUUUCAAGACUCUCCAGGAAACUUUGUCCUUCAAUCCGAAAGCCCUGAGACUGCCUCCACCACCCUGUACUUUGAGGCCUGCCCUCUCACUGGGAAACCAUCCUAGACAUUACUGACUCCCAUCUCCAGCUUGGAGACCUCAACUUCCUUCCCAGGGCUCAGGGACCCUUACAUCCCAUUCUGGUCUCAGAAGCAGAGCACCCCCACCUGAAGGUUUUUGUGGACUUCGAACCUUUUUUCUCAUGCUGGAGCUCUGAGCCCUCCAUCCUGCAAACACCCACAUCCCCAGACUCUGAGGGUUAGGCACCCUCCCCCAAUAAGGGGAUGUAUUUCAUACUGCCCACCACCGCAGCUCUGGCUCAGGCUCCUCCCUUCCUUGGCCCAGGCUUGGGGCUCAGCUCCAACGGUCUCCCAUCCCCGGGACAGUCAUACCCCAUUAUAGCCUUAGUAUGGAACCAAUCCUCAGCCUUUCUCACCGGGGCUCUCUGAUCCCCUAAUACUCAGUGCUUGUCCCUAAUCUCCAGACUCUCAGGUCUUCACCCGGAUCUGAGUUUAAUCUCCCUGCCCAAGUUUUAGGCUAUCUAUCCCCUCCUACGCCCAUCACUUGCAUUCACUAUCCACCUCUGCCAUUCACUGGGUCAGGAUCCUGUGAGGAAUCCAUUCCUGGGAUGUGCCCACCCUCUUUCCUCCUAGGAUGAGCUCUCCAGCCCUGCAAGGCAGGUGCAGGUGCCAAGCGUCCUCCAACCAUACUGGCCCCAACCAGAUGCCCAUGAGGAAGGAGAGACGCCUGGGGGUUCAAAGUAGUUGGCUGGGCCUCAGAACCAGGGUCACCUGUACAUUGUGGCCUCAGAGAGAGGUAGGGGAGGGGCUCUGAAGGGCUGGGAGCUGCUCUCCACACACCCUUUCCCACCCAUGUGACUCUUUUCUCCCGGGGUUUCCUUGCUGUCAUGCCCCCUCCCCCAUGCCUUUUGGAAGAGGUGAGGGGCCUCAUUUCUUGUCUCAGGCACAAGCCAUCCUGUUUAGGGUCAGAGCCUCAGUGCCCUGCCUUCUGCAUGAUCCCAAAGCACAACUGGUGAGUGGGGAGGGGGCUGCCUCUCCUUGACUCCCAUCCCCUAGGUCAGGCAGAAUGGCUGGCCUGUGCUGCCUCUACACACAGGAAGGCUCUCCUCCUUCAACAUACUGGCUGAGGCCUGCCUUCCCACCCCCCACCCAGGACAUCUGGAUCUCCCUUGGGCAGUUUUCUAUAAAGUCUGCAAUAAUCUCGGAUACUCUA